AAAUACAAAAAGACAUAUCUUUGUCCGAACACGGCGUAAUUUUUCAGACUAAUCAGCAAAACGUUAAUUGCAGUCGCCGGCGGUGUCUUCUGAUUGUACAAACAACGUCCACACCACGUGACCCAUAUAAGCUUUCAGGUUCCUCCUCCGCGGAACGAUGUCGGAGACUCGCCGGAAUCAAUCUAACCAUGAACGAAUCGACAGCUCCGAGAAUCAACACCGAAGAGUUGUGAUAGAGAACAGUCACGGUGAGAAACUCGUGGGAGUUUUGCAAGAUACAGGCUCAACCGAGACUGUUGUCAUCUGCCAUGGCUUUCAAUCAUCAAAGGAUCGGAUCCCCAUGAGGACAAUAGCCAAUGUCUUUGAAAGAUUAAAGAUCACUACUUUCCGGUUUGAUUUUACUGGCAACGGGGAAAGCCAAGGAACGUUUCAGUAUGGUAACUAUCGCCGAGAAGCUGAAGAUCUCCGCUCUGUUCUCCAACACUUGCGUGGGGAGAACCGUGAAAUCUCUGCAAUAAUCGGACAUAGUAAAGGUGGGAAUGUGGUGCUUUUGUAUGCAGCAAAGUACAAGGAUGUGGAGACUGUUGUGAACAUCUCAGGACGUUUUUUUCUUGAGAAGGGAAUAGAAGGGCGGCUUGGUAAGGACUACAUGAAGAGAAUCAAGGAGGAUGGGUUCAUCGAUGUUAGGAACAGAAAGGGAAAGUUUGAAUAUAGAGUAACAGAAGAGAGUCUAAAGGACCGUCUAACAACCAAUACUCAUGAAGCUUGUCUCUCAAUUCAUGAAAACUGCAGGGUGUUGACAGUUCAUGGUUCAGACGAUAGGAUCGUGUCUGUAACAGAAGCAUAUGAAUUCGCCAAAUAUAUAAAGAAUCAUAAACUUUGUGUUAUUGAAGGAGCUGAUCAUGAGUUCACUUCUCACCAGCAUCAGCUUGCUUCUACUGUUUUAUCAUUCUUCAAGAAAGAUGAUGAUGAUGAUGGUGUUAUCAGUACAAGUACCAGAGACCUCACGAGAGCAGUUGUUCCGAUUACUUCACGAAUAUAAAAAUAGAUUUGUUCAGGCUGCUAAGUCGAGUUAUGUCUGAAGCACAUUAAGAUUAUCAUAAUGUUCUUAUGAUUCAUAAAACCUUCAUGUUUGUUACUAUGUAGUCUUGUAAUAUGUGUUUAUACACUAAAUUAAUUAGAAAGAUUAAAAAAAUAUCGUUUUGAAA